AUGCACCAGAAAUCAGUGUCUCGGUGGUACUUUGGAGGCCUGGCUUCUGUUGGAGCUGCCUGUGUGACUCACCCACUGGAUCUGCUCAAGGUCCUUCUUCAGACAGAGCAUGGAAGAAAUUUUGGUGUUGCUGGCAUGACAGUGAGAGUGAUUACCAUCAAUGGCUUUAGUUCCUUCUACAAUGGGCUCUCUGCCUCAGUCUGUAGACAGCUGACCUAUUCUAUGAUUCGCUUCUCUAUCUAUGACUUUCUGAAGGAAAUUUUGUCAGAAAGCAGGAAGAAGUACCUACCCUUCCAUCAGAAGGUGAUUAUAGGGGCUAUGGGAGGUUUCGCCGGUGGGUUUGCAGGAACCCCAGCAGACAUUGUGAAUAUUAGGAUGCAGAAUGAUGUGAAGAUGCCACUGCACAUGAGGAGGAACUAUUCCCAUGCGUUGGAUGGGAUGAUUCGUAUUAUACGAGAAGAGAGGUUUAAGACAUUAUUCUCUGGUGCUUCCCUGGCAUCAAGUCGAGGGGCUUUGAUGACAGUGGGACAGGCAUCCUGCUACGACCAAGCCAAGGAAAUUGGGAUCACCUCCAAUCUCUUCUCUGACAGUCUCUUCACCCACAUCACAGUCAGUUUCAUGGCCGGUUUAUGUGCCACCUUCCUAUGCCAGCCCUUGGAUGUGCUCAAGACUCGAAUGAUGAAUAGCCAGGAUUAUUAUAGUAUCUUUUAUUGUGUAACAGACACAGCCAGAUUGGGACCACUGGCUUUUUACAAGGGUUUGUUCCCUGCUGCUCUCCGCCUGAUACCACAAACCAUUUUAACCUUUGUCUUCUUGGAGCAACUUCGAUUCCGCUUUGGAAUUCCAGUGGAGUGA